AACUGGAAAAACGUGGGGAUCCCAAUGGAGUUAUGGUGGGGUGAACCUUUUCUAUAUAACCAGCCGAUUGCUUCAACAUCUUCUCAUAUCCUGUUGGGUGACUUAAGAUUUGUGUAAUUUUAUUUUUUUAAAAGUUCACAUUGUAAUUACGCAAGAUGAUUGUGCCGUUGGCAUUAGUAGUUGUCCUGGCAGUUAUUUCAAAUACAGAAGCCGCUAUUAGUGAAGCCCGCCCCCACAGCAAUCGUCCCGGUAGAUUUUUAUCGCUUCCAAUUGCACAGAAAUGUUCAAAUCGACCAAAGGAAUUUAACUUCCGAGGACAUAAUUACUUUUUAAGUUCACAUGUACCUGCACAUAUGAGUCAAAAAGUUGAUUGGUUGGAUGCUAGAAAUAUUUGCCGAGAGUAUUGUAUGGAUUUAGUAUCUCUCGAAACUCAAGAAGAAAACAAUAUGAUCUACAGAUUGAUUCAACAAAAUGAUGUUCCGUAUAUUUGGACAUCCGGUCGUCUCUGUGACUUCAAAGGUUGCGAAAACCGCCGUGACUUAGAACCAAAAUCAGUAUUUGGCUGGUUCUGGUCAGCGAAUCGGGAAAAAAUGGCACCAACCAACCAGACUCCCAUUGGUUGGGGAUACAACCCAUGGUCCCAAACAGGACACAAGAAACAACGUCAACCUGACAAUGCUGAAUUCGAUAUCAACGGUACAACAGAAUCUUGUCUUUCAGUUCUUAACAAUGUUUAUAACGAUGGUAUCGCUUGGCAUGAUGUCGCGUGUUAUCACGAAAAACCAUUCGUUUGUGAAGAUUCUGAAGAGCUUCUAAAUUACAUCGCCAGUACUAAUCGCGGAAUUCGACUUUAAAUUUAAUAUUAUUUUUAAAUUUUAUCUGUUUUUUACGUCUACUUAAUAAUUUUAAAUAAAACAAAGUAUUUUUAAAUUUUAAAUUAAUAAACAAAACCGAUCAAUUCGAGUCAAAAUUUUACUUAAAUUCGACUCUGUACUAUAUAAAAAUAUACUGUAUUUUAUUAAUUUUAUCUCAAUUAUAAAUUGAUUUAUACUUCAAUUUACCGUAAUUAUU